CUAAAGGGAGGAACAACGACCAAAACAACACAGAUGAGAACUAAACGACGCGAUGAUGGAGAAACAUACUUCAAGACUCAACAGAGUCGCAGACACAAAAUCUUCAACCCAGAACAUGACAAAAGCUCAGAAGGAAAGAGAUGCUGAAUCCUUGUAUUCUUUCUCCAGGAGCCCGGCCAUAGUGCAUUUCAUCAGAAAUUAUUGUCCACCAACCUCGUAUGAUGCUGGCUCAAACAUUACCAACAGCAAGGUCAGGGUAGUAUUAGGCAAGAGAUACCUAGAAAACGUUGCUGACAUUUGCAGUCAGACACCAUACUGCCUUUAUUUAUACCAUGGAGUGGAGCUCGAGGACAAGGAGGAGGCCUGUGUGAUCCUGCUGGGUUUCUUUGACAGCACUACUGGGGAAAACAAGAUCAGACUGAUUGAUGUCUUUCAACCAAAAGAAGAGACUGCCAAUGCCAUCUGUACCUGCAUUGUAGAGAUCCUGGAGAAGUUCAAAAUACCUUUAAUAAACAUGGCCAUAAUUUAUUCAAAUUUCCCAGAUCAUGAAAAUCUUCCCUCAGGUUUGAAGCAUUUUAAACCUGAUAUUGUGUCUUUAUGUGGACUUACAGAUAUGGCAGGAAAAGUGUGUCACAGUGGUGUCAUGGAAAUGGAGUUUUCAGGCCUGAUUAAGAAUCUCAUCACUGAGAUCUACAAACACUUUCCAUCUUUCCCAGAUGCUCUAAAAAGUGAGCUUGAAGAUGUUGAAGGAUCAAAUUUAACAAACGAACUCUUAACAUCUCAGUGCUCUCUCUUCUGGAGAAUAAUCCAUAAAAUGACUACAGCUUGGUCGGACAUGGAGAAAUACUUUGGAUGUCAGGACAACAGUAUCGAUAAACAAGCAAUCUGUCUUCUUAGGGAUCCUAAAGUAAGACUUAACUUCCUGUUUCUCAGUCAUGCUUUGCAGCCCCUUUGUGAUUUUCAGGAGAGUUUUGACCAAGGUGUCAGUGUCACACAGCUCCUCCAAGAUGCUUCUCAGUUACUGAAAGUCUACACAAAGAGCUUCCUCAGACCUGGAGUAGCAGAGUAUUUUCUUCGGAGAGGAAAGGCCUCGCUCGUGAAGGAAAGAGUAGGACAUUUACCUAGAGGAGAGGUUGAAGUUGGCAAUGAAGCGGACGACUUUCUUCAGCAGAAUUCUGCGAAGCUGACCGACUAUUUGGAGAGCUUCCAUAGGUCCAUCAUCUCCUUCUACACGACUGUUACUCUUAGUAUUGUCGCAUGUUUACCCUUUCCAGAGUCCACCCAGAGAAACUUGUCUUUAGUGUUGAGUCCGGGGAACAAGCUCGAGGUGACUGGCAAAGUAGUUCAAGAAUUGGGUGUCUGUUUUGGAGUUUGCUCAAGCCCUGAGAAAGUCAGCUUGCUGACAGAUGAGUUUUUGGAGUACCAGUUCUUUGAUGGGGGUGACACACACUCAGCUGACCAGUUGAUGGAGCAGUACUGGAAGAAUGAACUGAGGAUUAUGGGAAGGACAUCCAGAUUUGGAAAAUUAAUCCUUAGCCUGUUGGCGCUGCCAAAAACGUUGAAAAGAGAGAGAAUUUUUGAGCAGCUGUUUCAACACACUAACAACUUUGAGGGAAAAAUAGAGGACAGUGAGGAGAAGUACGUUGCAGAGGAUGAUGUCACAGACAGCAGCUCAUAUAAAAGUGCUCCAUCACAUCUUAGCCCAGAAACUCAGGGGAGCGUCAUAUCUGAUGUCAUUGACCUGACAGAAGUGGAGGACGUGCCAAUGGACGUGGACGACAUUACACUAAUCUCGUGUGAAUCUGACACAGACAGUGAAAAUAAUACAAAAGAUGAUGGUGAUGAUGAUGACGAGUACAACAAUAGUGAUGAUGAUGUCAUAAGGACUAAUACUGUGGAUCAAGAGGAUGGUUUCACAGUUGGUGAGAUGGUUUGGGGGCAGAUUGAAGGUCUUGGUCUCUGGCCUGGACUGAUUCAGAGCUGGGACAGUGUGAGCCCCUGUGGCUCCAUGCGUAAUGUGGUUUUCUUUGGAAACAAGAUGGUGUCAGAGAUCCAUUCAGACAAUCUCCAGCCAUUUUCUUCAUUUGUCAAGUGCUUCUGUUCCAAUUCAUUUGCCACUGUAACUAUGUAUAAAGAAGCAAUCUUCAGCUCUCUGCAGGUGGCUUGCAAGCGCAGUAGAAUGUUUUUUUCUCCUGAGUCCGACUCUAAGGAUGAGCUGCUAAGGGUUAUGUUGGAAUGGGCCUUUAGAGGAUUUGAACCAUCAGGUUCAGAUGGGCUUCGACCUCAAUCAAUUGGCAAAGAAAAGGCUGUUGUGCCACGCUCAGUGAAUGGAACAACGGGCUCUGUCAACUGCCCUACAAAAUACAAAGACAGACCAGAAAAAUUAUUUCACUUAACUGUAUCUCUGAAUAAGCUCUCUGAUUCUCUGGACCUGUACAAUGGCUCGAUAAACCUAAAAAAAAAAGAAGUUUACAGAAAAUUCAUGUAUCCUAAAUGGAAUCUGAGAUCCUUGCAGAAUGUGAAGAUCCUUAAAAGAAAAUAUGUUCGCCGGAAAAUGAUUGAAAAUAUAGACACAAGCAUGCAGAUCCAGUCAAGACAAAACAGCCAGACAAGACAUGAAAUGGUGGAUGGAGUAUUAAAAAAGAAGAAAGGCAUUGAAGAUUUCUGUUUAUCAUGUGGGAGUGCAUUUGUCGAAGUCCUCCACCCACUCUUUGAAGGCAGCUUGUGCUCCAAAUGCAAGUAUAAUUUCACUGAGACACUGUACCGAUAUGAUGAAGAUGGAUAUCAGUCAUACUGCACUGUGUGCUGUUGUGGCAUGGAGGUUAUUAUGUGUGGCCAUGACAGCUGUUGUCGCUCCUACUGUGUGGACUGUCUGGAUAUCUUAGUAGGCGAGGGGACAUUUAACAAACUGAAAAAUGUGGACCCAUGGAUCUGUUACCUGUGUGCGCCAGAGAACAGCCUUGGAGCAAUGAGGCCUAGACAUGACUGGAGCAUCCGUGUGCAGGAAUUCUUUGCCAACUAUAGUGCCAUGGAGUUUAAGCCCCAUCGUGUUUACCCCUCAAUCUCUACCAACCUGCAACGUCCAAUCAGAGUGCUCUCCUUAUUUGAUGGUAUAGCCACAGGAUACCUUGUUCUGAAAGAGCUUGGCUUCAGAGUGGAAAAAUAUGUGGCCUCAGAGGUCGAAGAAGAGUCUAUUACCAUCUCCAUGGUCAACCACGAUGGAAAAAUCACUCAUGUGGAUGAUGUUCGAAGAAUAACCAAAUAUCAUAUUGAUAAGUGGGGUCCGUUUGAUUUACUCAUUGGUGGAAGUCCUUGCAAUGACUUGACCAUAGUCAAUCCUUCCCGGAAAGGCUUGUUUGAGGGCACUGGACGGCUCUUUUUUGAAUAUUAUCGGAUCCUGAAUAUUAUGAAGCCGAAGGAGGAAGACCCACAGCCGUUCUUCUGGCUGUUUGAGAAUGUUGUAACCAUGAGUAACAGUCAUAAGGCAGACAUUUGCCGCUUUCUAGAAUGUAACCCUGUCCUCGUCGAUGCUGUGAAAGUAAGCCCAGCUCACAGAGCAAGGUACUUCUGGGGGAACAUACCUGGCAUGAACAGACCAAUCAUACCAUCUCAGGAUGAUAAACUUUGUCUACAGGAUUGUCUGGAGGCCGGCCGCACUGCAAACUAUGUUAAAGUUCGCACUAUCACCACACGCACAAAAUUGCUGAAAAAGGGAGCCAAUGAAAUGCAUUACCCUGUUACUAUGAGAGGAAAAGAUGACCACAUAUGGAUCACGGAAAUGGAGAAAAUCUUUGGAUUUCCAAAGCAUUACACGGAUGUGAAGAAUUUGGGCCGUUUGCAGAGACAAAAAGUACUGGGGAAGUCUUGGAGCGUCCCUGUCAUAAGACAUCUGUUGGCACCACUAAAGGAUUACUUCGCUUGUGAGGAAGUCCCCUUGAAAUGAACAGAAGUUUAAAAGACUCUGGGAUAGGAGUUUAUUAACUAAACUCUUAUAACUAACUGAAGAAUUGUUGGUAAUAGUGGUUGUUGUGAAAGUGAAGAAAGCUGUUUUCAUUUAAAUUGAACGCUGUAUUAAAACACUGGUCAUUUUUUUUUAUAUAUGUAAUUUUCUCAAAUUGUGGUCCUGUUUAUUUACGAAUGGAUUAAUGAAUUUAGAGAAUGUGGGAUUGAACAAAAAUUAAUAA